AUGCAGUUGGCUGAAGCUCUAGACUUUAUGCAUAGCAAAGCUCUUGUUCACAGAGAUGUAAAGCUAGACAACGUUCUUAUUUUUGAUAAAGACUGCCACUGUAUAAAGUUAGCGGACUUUGGAUUAACACGACUUGAAGGUUUUCCGGUGUCUCCAAUGAAAGGGAUUCUCCCUUAUUCACCUCCUGAGCUUUGUAGCUUAGAAGAUAACGAAUCUCUUGAACUUGACUCCAGUCUUGAUGUUUGGUCUUUUGGUAUCCUUCUGUUUUGCAUUUCCACUGGGUACUUUCCUUGGGACACAGCAUUAAUGAAGGACAAGCAGUAUGAAGAGUUCACUAAAUGGCAGAGCUUAGGGGAUAAUAGCCAACAUAUUCCUUUUCAUUGGAAGCAGUUUACACGGCAGGCAUUACACAUGUUCCACAGACUACUUUCUCUUAAUGCAAACAGAAGAAGCCCAGCUAUUGAGAUCCAAAAAUAUCUAAGUGUCCCAUGGAAAAUGAACAGUGUGAAAGAUAACAGUAACAUACAAGGCAAUUCAAACAAUACAAAACAAUGUGUUGAUAACAUGAACCUAAUGCAAGAUACAACUAGCACUGACAUGUCAACCAAGCAUUUUUCCAUACUUUCCGAAGAAAAAGUCUUAGUGAUCAGCCCUGCUGCAAACAUUUGUGAGUACACGGACUAG